AUGCACCUAAUACUAAAGGAGGAUCGUCCGAGGUUUGAUAAUCUUGCGAGCUUCAAGUUAUCAAAAAUUUAUGAGUUUGUCCAAGAGCAGCAUAAGCAAGAGGAAAACCUAAAUGCGAUGAUUACUGACUACUCGUCGGUAAGUAUAGUACAAGCUCGAAAAGAUGCAGAGACGCUUGAAGAGGAGGUUCAUGUAGAGGAGUACGCUCAAGCGUACCAGCCGAAGACUACGCCAGAAGAAGUUCAAAGGCCAGAGCAGCAGUUGAAAAUUGCUACUCCGAAGGUUGAUCCAGCGGUCGCAAGCUUAAUCAAAAAAUUUAGCGGACUAACGCUAAGUAUUAAACAGUUUAAGCAUAUUUCGAAGCACUCGCGGGCGAUACGGAAGAUACUAGAAAAACCUGAAAACUAUAUAGAGGCUUAUAAGCAACUGGUUAUCGGGGCAAGAAAACAAGAUCCACCUGUGCUCGAAAGAAACGACGGGAGCUUUCAAUCGAUAUACCCGCCUAUGAUGAAUCCGCAAGCGUAUCGUGCAGAAGCAGGCAGAGGCGAUCAGCUAGCGGAGUGUCGUGCUUGCGGAGGUCCGCAUCUAAUUGCGAAAUGCCCUCACUUAACUUUGCUUCGAAAGAAUAGCUGGUUCCAUACCCGUACUGAAGAAAGCCCGAGCGGUUGGAAGAAUAUAAUCUACUAUUUUGGGCCGUAUCCGACGGAUAUCUGGGGCAUUUUCCCAGGAGGCGGUCGAAGCCUAAAGCCGUUUUAUACGGAGGUGCUAGACUGGGUACUACGGUCGAUUAAGGAUCGAUUCAAGGUCUCCGAUGAGCAGUUGAAGAAACCGAUGCAGGUAGCGCUCCCUGAGUUGUUUGAUAGCCUAGGAAAGCUAAUUGUUAAACAACCCUCUAUACCUAGUGGCGAAAGCUAUACGGUAGAGGCGAGCGAGACUGGUGCCACCUUAGCAAGGCAGACGAUUGCACUUCGGUCUGCUGCGAAAUUUCUUGAGAGCGUCUCAAAAGCUGGCGAGGUGUACUACGCGGAACCAAGCGUGAAUGUGGUUAGAAAGCGAGGGCGACCCCCGAAGAAAGCGGCAGAGGCUCACCAGAAGGAUGGGCGGCUUUCGAAUCGAAAGCCUACUAUUCCCGUAAUGAAGGGCAGUUAG